AUGGUGCACAUGGUAAACAUGGAACUGAGUUCGACCAAUCAAAGGGCGGAACUGCAUAGAGGUGGCAAGAAGGACGAGCAUAGGGAGGACGUUCAACAGAAAAGGAUUUGCAGUUGCGGGGGAAAGGAGAGUCUAGCCCGUCAUGUUGCGGCCCUCCUCUGUGAAAACAUGGAGUCCCCCGGAAGCGUUUGCUGGAUAGCCUCCCUAGAAGACAACCUGUUGGACCUUAUCCUCGGCAAGGUCCUGCGCAGCAGCGCCCGGAGCAGCUUUCGCAAUCUGCUUCUCGUGUGCAAGGACUGGCGCCGCAUCACCGCUCGCUACGCUCUCAAUUGGGACUGCACCCAGCAGAACGCGGUCCCUAAGCUCGGGGCCGCUCUACGCAAUGCGCCAUGUGGGGCCACAAUCCUGCAAUUGCGGUUCGACGUCGAUGGGACUUGGACCAGCAGCACCGCCGGGCGCUUCACACCGGAAGGCUUUGAGGCCCUCAAGGCAGCGCUCCUGCCGGCCAAGGACCAUGCACGCGUGCUUCAUCUGGUGCAGUUCCCCGUCCCGCUCGUUGUCUUCCUGCCGUUCUUGCACGACGGCCUGCCCUGCCUGGAGAGCUGUUCCAUUGACGUGGGCUACGGCAGCAGCGCGCGCAGCCUGGCCCUCACCCCCUGGACGGACAUGGUUGAACCGCUUUGGAGUCGCCCGCCGCCCAUCCCCCCCGCCCCCAGCCUUCUCCACCUGACCCUCACCGCGUGCGGGCGCGACCUGCGAGAUGAGUUCCUGGUGCGCCUGCAGGAAGCCUUCCCCCGGCUAGAAACUCUAGUUCUAUCAGGCGUAAGCCAGCUUCGCGCACCUGUCAUCUUCUCCAACUCCCUGUUCGAGGUGGACAUCUCGGGCGUGCGCUGCACCAUCUCUAGUUGCACCGUGCGCGCCGCCAGCCUGGCCUGCCUCCGCCUCUUUCUCAGCAGUUCGACAGGGAUGGGUGCCACACACCUAGAGGCGCCGCGCCUCGAACACCUGUGCAUCUUCAGCGGUUUCAACGGGGCCAUCUCGCAAGCCCCCCGCAGCAUCAAGCACCUCACAAUUGAGUCCCACGACUGGUGGCGCUGGCGUUACUUUGAGCACCAGCUGUCAUUUGUCAAGCAAGACCUCAUCUGUCUGCAGCUUCUGUUCACAGGGCAUGGGGACGUAGUUGGAGCACCCUCACUACAGGGGUUCCUGCAAGCACUCGCGUCUGCGCCGGCGCUUGAAAGCUUGGAGAUCAGUGCGCGGUUGCUGGACUCGCUGCCGAAUGCCGGGGGGGAAGGCCGCUUCCUGUGGGGCGGGGCUCAGCUGCCCCUGGUGCGCCACCUGUCGGUCGAGUUAUGGCAGCCCAGCAGUCUAGAGAAGGGGGCAGCACUAGCGAGGGCCUGCCCUGCGCUGCGGCAGUUUCAGGUGAGGCCUCUCUGGCCGCUGAGGGGCUGGGAGAAGAGCACGCUGGAGGCAGUCUUCCCGAAUGUGGAAUAUCUGGAGGACGAGUCAUAGGGUCGACAUUUACUGUACUAUACUUGAGGAAGUAGGGCUGGUGAGGCUGCACGUCGUACUUCUGCGGACCGUGCUUACGGCAAACGUUACACCAGUGUUGAUGUCUAGCGAGCAUCAAUGCAAGAGCCUUGUGUUUGGAUGAUACCGUUAGUUGCAGUUGAUAGAAUGGACGGGGAAUGGACUCAGCAGUGGAAUAAGACAAGCUUUUCAGACAGGAAAGGGCACUCGAAUUAUGUACCUUGCACGGCGCACUUUUGUAAAGAGACGGAGUGUACUAUUGACUACUUCCGGGGAGUUUCAGUCUGAAUUGUACCAGCUGAUACUCAGC